AUGGCUUUUUACUUAGGUCUUGGACUAUCAAGUUUACUCUUCGUGGCUAUUUUUCUAUUCAAGGUAAUAAUACCACCUUUCAAUUUCCCGAGAAAUAUUCCCACAAUCCCAUUUUAUGUCAUAUUCUUACCUUCAUUUUUCAACAUUGACCAAACUGAGCUUUAUAACAACUAUCUAAAAAAGCCUUUAGAAAGGUAUGGUGCAGUUAAUAUAUUUUUUGGUUCUAGAUGGAACAUUUUAGUUUCGAAGCCUGAGUAUUUGGCCCAAAUUUUCAGAGAUGAGAACACUUUUGCUAAAAGUGGGAACCAAAAAAAGAUUCCCUACAGCAUACUUGCUGCAUAUACUGGAGAAAAUAUUAUAAGCGCACAUGGAGAUGCAUGGAGAACCUAUAGGCGUGUUAUGACAAAUGGUUUACAGUUCUUUAAUGAAAAACCAUUUGUUGAAAAUAUCCAACUUCUUUGUGAUAUCAUUGAGGAAAAGAACCAGAAAACCCAGAAACAGGCAAUCAAGGUUAGUCCUCUUAUUCAAAGAUUAGCAUUAGAUAACAUUUCACAAGUCCUAUUGAGUUUUGAUUUCGGUACUCUGAAAAAUGAUCUUAAUCCUUUACACAGGCAUUUGAUCAGAAUAAAGAAACAAAUAUUCGAUCCAUUUUUCUUGACUUUCCCAUUUUUAGAUCAGCUUCCAAUUCCAAAAAGAAAGAGAGGGUUUGAAGAUGUGAAAAAAUUCAGAGAAAUCUUGGUUACUACAGUGAGAAAACAACUAGUUGAUAAUUACAAAUUCGAACAGAUCCAGUCUGUGUCAAGUGACCUAAUAAGGGCACAUAAUAACGAAGUAAUCAACUACAAACAGCUCUCAGAUAAUAUUGUAAUUCUAUUGGUUGCUGGUCAUGAAAACCCGCAGUUGGCUAUAACUACUGCACUCUAUCUUUUGGCUAAGUACGAGCAAACAUGGCAGAUGAGGAUUAUUGACGAAAUCAAACAUAUUAAUGUUGAAGAUAUUAAGGAAUUAGCAACUUUACCUUGCUUAAACUCAUUUAUAUUUGAAGCGAUACGAUUUUACCCACCUUUGAACACAAUCAUUAAUAGGUGUACUUCAAGAAAAUGCCAAUUGGGUACCGAUAUUGUUAUACCAAAGGGCACAUAUGUAGGGUACAAUAACUUUGGUAACUCACACAAUGUUGCAAGCUGGGGUAUUACAGCCGACUCUUUCGAGCCAGAAAGAUGGGGGAACGAUAUUGAAACGAUAAUGAAAAACUGGAAAAUAGCAAAAAAUAAUUGUACAUUGAGUUCCUUUCAUGGAGGACGUAGAGCAUGUUUAGGAGAAAAACUAGCUCUUGUCGAACUCAGAAUCACUAUUGCUGGAUUAUUACAGAGAUUUCAUAUUACGCUUGGAUCAGAAUGGGAUGAAAAAAUGACGCCUGCCGGACCUCUAUGCCCAUUAGACUUGCAGUUGAACUUUGAACCUAGAAAGGAUAGGAAAAUUAAUUGA